CAGCAGAUAUAGAGGAUGGUUCGAGCAAAGUGUCUGCCUAGUUUUGUUGCUGUUUAAAGCGUUUUAAAUUCACGUUUACUAGGCCGUGUUCUGGUUUACUAUGUACGAAAAAGUCUGCAAGACACUACCAUUAUAUUUAUCAAAUAUGUAAAAUUAUGCGGGUCAGCCAUGGACUAAAAUUCAUUCCAAUCAUAAAAAUCCAAGAUGAGUUCAUUGAAUUGAAUACAGAUACAGUACCUGGAACAUUAUAGAUUGUUCACCAUUUAAUUUCAAUAAUAAUAAGGAACAUUUUAUUACACAAGUCUUUGAACUGAAUUAAAUAUGGGGAAAGGGGAGCCUGAUACAAAGUCGAUCCAGUCGACAGCAUCUCAGAACACAACAAGCUCUCUGCAUAGUAAAAAGCAAGGCGGAUUUCUUACGAGAAUGAUGUCCCGAAGAUCUAAAUCUCGUGGAAGCUUUGACAUAGAAACCGGUGUUCCACCAGGCCACUUCCGCAAAGGGAGUGCCAGCAAGGCUGCCGGUGAAUAUGUCAGCACAUCGUCGAAGCGUGGGAAUGUGAUGGAAUGCCCGUUGUGCCUUAUGGAAAGACCAAAGGAUCAGUUUCCGGACAUUAUCACCUGUGAACAUCGAUCUUGUCAGGAGUGUCUGCGUCAGUAUUUAAAGAUUGAGAUCACAGAAAGUCGGGUAAACAUUGCUUGUCCCGAGUGUGCGGAAGUUUUUCAUCCUAAUGACAUCAAGAGGAUCCUUAAUGAUAAUAUGCUGAUGAGUAAAUAUGAAGAGUUUGCACUUCGCCGUGUCCUAAUGAUGGAUCCAGAUUGUAGAUGGUGCCCAGCACCAGAUUGUGGAUAUGCUGUGAUAGCAGCAGGCUGUGCAAGUUGUCCUGAGGUAGCGUGCCAAAGAACUGGGUGCAACACUAGCUUCUGUUACCAUUGUAAACAGAUCUGGCAUCCGAACCAGACCUGUGAUGCGGCCCGCCAACAGAGAUCCGGACGGAUAAGGAAAUCGUCACUAUCCUGCAGUCAAGGCUCUAUAUCACAUCAAGUCAAACCCUGCCCAAGAUGCACUGCUCUUAUUAUCAAGAUGGACGAUGGUUCUUGUAAUCACAUGACCUGUGCCGUAUGUGGGGCUGAGUUUUGUUGGUUGUGUAUGAAGGAAAUAUCUGAUCUUCACUAUCUAAGUCCGUCUGGUUGUACAUUCUGGGGCAAGAAACCAUGGAGCCGAAAGAAAAAGAUUUUAUGGCAGCUUGGUACAUUAGUAGGUGCUCCUGUCGGAAUAGCACUGAUAGCCGGUAUUGCCGUUCCUGCUAUGAUCAUCGGAAUCCCGGUGUAUGUCGGUCGUAAAGUUUAUUGGAAGUACAGUAAUGCGUCAAAACAUAGGAGAAAUAUAGCCAUAUUUGGCAGCGUAUCUUUAUCGAUUGUGGCUGCCCCUGUACUUGCAGCUCUUACUGUGGGUAUUGGUGUUCCAAUAAUGUUGACGUAUGUUUAUGGCGUGGUGCCAUUCUCCCUUUGCCGCAGCGGCGGCUGUGGUGUGACAACAAGUCAUAGUGGCGGAGUCAGAAUUGAAUUUGACAAUGAUAAUGAUGUCACAGUUGGAGUGACAAAUGCUUCAGAUAUAAAUCCUGAAGUAAACAGUGCUGUUGGCAAUUCAAGUAUAGGGGAGGCAAGCGUAGCCCGUGAGAGUCAACUGGAAGUGGUCGGAAUCCUGCACGAUGAUACCGUAAGUGAUAGCGCUAGUACCAGGGCAAUCGCAGGCUCCAGCCUUACUGGUAGUUUAUCAGGAAGUGGCAGUGUGGGGCCCAGUGUUAUUGGACAAAAUAAACUGGAUGUACAUAUUGAAGUAUCUAGUAAACGAUGCAGCUUGAGUAGCGAGAGUGCAUCGCUGUAUUUACCUGACAACUCAAGUAUGACCGCAAUGGCCGGUUCAAUUAGUGAAGAAAAAGGUGUAACUAAUAUUUCUUCGUAUGUUGAUGGUCAUGCUGAGAUGCUUGAUAAGAUUACCAAGUCACGACAUUCCAGUGGGGGUAGCAGCAAUGUAGAAAUCAGCCAACAUUUGCCUGUCUCUUAUACACAUCUAGAUGUGUAUAAGAGACAUAAAUAUGUUACCCAUCACCCCGAUAGUGUCUACACCAAAGGCAACGCUAAUGUCAACAGAUUUAUAAAACAAGUUAUGACAACAUCUUGUUGGUCUUAA